GCAACUUUAAAGUGGAUGUUUCUGUUACUGGUCUUAUAUCCUACGGAUAUCAUCGCAUUAAACUAUGAUAAGGAAAUAGAUAUCAACUUGAAGGAGAAAUCAGAAGAUGGAUUAGGGGAUUUUAUUGAAUCCCCAAAGAAACAAAAUUGGACUAGAUGUGGAGACAAUAUGUGCCAGUGCAAAGGAUACCAAGCACUCUGUUUAAACAAUGGACAUCAACUGACUUAUAUUCCCAGAUUUGAACAAAACAUAACACAGCUUAAUUUUACUGGUAAUUAUCUACCGUUUAUAGAUAAUGAAACUUUUACUAACGUUACCGAGUUUCAACUGAAAAUUUUGGUUUUAAGGAAUAGUUCAAUACAAAACUGCACACGAAAUGCAUUUAAUGUUCUGAAAUUUUUACGAUCUUUACUUAUAAGAUAUAAUACCAUUUCAAGUAAUGAACUAAUGGAUUGUUUGUCCGGCAUAACAAAAUAUUUAAAUCAUAUUUUUUUAGAAUUUAUACACUUAGAUAAACCUUGGGAUCUUGAUUUGGACAAUAGUAUGACAGAUUCAAAGAUCUCCAAUUUACACUUACAGAGUAUUGAAAUACCACAUUAUAAUCAGAGUAAAUUGUCAACUUUAAAACAUCUGAAGAAUAUCGAAAUCUUCAACUCCUCUUUAAGAAUGGUUACAUGUGACUUUUCGUCUACUUUAAAGUCAUUACAUUUAAAUUCUAACCAACUUUUUGAAUUGCCAACAUUUUGUGUAAAUGAUAAGGCGUAUUUUCCACAUCUUAAUUAUUUGCGUUUAGACCAUAACAACAUACAGUCUAUAAAGCCAGAACUACUCGCUUGUAUGAAAUUCCUCAAACAGUUUUAUAUUGAUAAUAACCGUAUUAUAUUGAUAGAGAGUAACACGUUUUCAAACUUACCAAAGCUUUUACUUGUAUCAAUUUCAUACAAUGGACCAGAUAUGGCUUUACAAGAAUUUGCUUUUAAUAGUUCAUCCCUGAAAAAACUCUAUCUAUAUGACGACGACAUAUAUUUUGUCAAUGGACAAAAGCACGUCAAUGAGGAUGCUUUUAAAUACUGCACACAAUUGGAAGUUUUAAUAGUAUCAUCGAACCACUUCCGGUUUACUACAAGUCAAAUGUUCGAAGGAAUAUUCAGUACUCUGCGUAAUUUAAGAAUUUUGUCAUUAGCUCACGGCGAACUAAAGGUUCUUCCAAGUUCUAUUCCAAAAUAUCUUGAAAAAUUAGAGAAAUUAUUGCUUGGCCGUAAUAACAUUAUAAAUAUAAAGGAAGGCUACUUCAAUAAUCUCAAAUCUCUAAAAAAUAUAGAAAUAAAUUCAAAUAAAAUAACCACAGUUAAACCAAAUACAUUUUCACUUCAAUUUCUUAAACAAGUGAAAGGCAUUGAUCUUUCUAACAAUCCGUUUUCUUGCUCCUGUGAAUUACUUUGGUUCAUCAAUUUUCUAAAAACAAGCCCCAUCAGAAAACGUUUCAUUCGUUUUCCAAAAGAAUACAUCUGCGGUUCUCCGACAGUUUACGAUGGGAAGCAACUCUUACAGGUCAGGCUUUCUGAACACACAUGCGCAAUAACAUAUCAGGCCCGUUUAAUUAUUAUAUCUGUAUCGGCAGGAAUUUUUCUCUUAGUUUUAACUAUUUCUGUUGUUUACCGUUAUCGAUGGUAUCUACGAUAUAUAUUGUACAUGGCACGAUUUCAACACGUUCGCUACCAAAGACUUUUAAAUGGUGGCGAGAAUUAUAAUCAUGAUGUAUAUCUUAGUUCUUGUGAUGCAGAUUUUGAUGACGUAAUAUAUAAUGACCUUGUACCUAGAUUAGAGGAGGAUAUGGGUCUGCGACUUUAUAUCCCCCAAAGAGAUGGACAGGGAAAUAUGAUUGACCAAAUAAUAUCCAAUAUGGAUGCCAGUCGUAAAGUCAUGUUAUUUAUAUCUGAUAAAUAUGUUGAAGAUGGUUAUUGUGAAUUUGAAGCUAGUUUUGCCUAUAAUAAGUAUAUCAAUGAAAAGCGUGAUUUAAUGAUUGUAGUAGUAUUUAAUGAACUUGGUAUUCUGAAUGUAACAAAAACCAUACAUAAAAUACUGGCUGUUGAUAAUUAUAUUAAAUGGGGCUGGGAUGAAGAAAGUGUGGAAUUAUUCUGGUUAAAGAUAACGACUGCAAUUAAUAAUAUGGAUGAUCUAAUACCUUAAAAAAAACCUGUAAGAAAAAUUAUCAGAAUAUGGUCAGAUAUAAAAUUUAACUUAGUAUGUAAGGUCUUUUUAUAAGGUAUUUUUCGUCGAGUGUCCUUUACAGUAUUCUAUUGUGUUUUUUUUUAAA